UUAAAACGCCAAAACAACAGAAGAAGAAACAGAAGCCUCGACUCUCCAACAUGGCGGAAUGGAACUCUUACGGAACAUCGAUGUCGAACUUGAGUGUUUUUUAUAGCCGCCGUCUUGUUUUUGGUGUCGCGACUUUGUAGGCCAGUGUGACCACCAUGGCUUAUCGCUACUUGCGGCUGUCAGCGGGCUGCAUGAACACUUUGAGGCUUCUUCUGGCACCUUCUGUCGCCACAAGCAGGCUGCAGGUGACAAGACAAGUGACAAGUGGGCAAAGCCUGCUUAAUGAGCUGCUUGGGGCCUGCAAGAGUUUGACCUCCAGACCACCUAAAGGAUUUGAGAAGUAUUUUCCUGAGAGUCAGAAAAACUCCAACGAGAGCCAAUCCGAAGACAAAGAUACCAAAGCUACCGAUGCUCCUAAAGCGACAGGAGGAGGAGGAAAUGAGGGCGAAGGAGCAGGAAGUGGUGGUGGAGGAGGAAAACGAGGAGGUCGAAAGGAGUCAAACUGGUACAACCGCCUGAAGAAGGGAGACAUUCCAUGGGACGAGAAAGACUUUCGACUGUUCUUCCUGGGUGGAGUGGCCUUCUGGGCUGCAUUUGCUUACUUCUUCCUGUUCAGAGAUGGAGCCAGGGAGGUCACAUGGAAGGACUUUGUGAACAACUACCUAUCCAAAGGAGUGGUGGAUAGGUUGGAGGUUGUAAACAAGCGCUACGUCAAAGUGCUUUUCUCCCCAGGGAAGGCACCGGUAGAGGGGCAGUAUGUGUGGUUCAACAUCGGGAGCGUGGACACGUUUGAGAGGAACCUGGAAAGUGUCCAAUACGAGCUCGGCAUUGAGGGCGAAAGCCGCCUGCCAGUGGUUUAUUCCACUGAGGGUGACGGGACCUUCAUACUGAGCAUGCUCCCCACUGCUCUCAUCAUUGGCUUCUUUCUCUUCAUGGUGCGGCGAGGCCCGGCUGCCGCUGGCCGACAGGGCCGCGGCAUGGGUGGCCUGUUCAGCGUCAGCGAGACUACCGCUAAAAUCCUAAAGGAUAAAAUCGAGAUCAAGUUCAAAGACGUUGCCGGCUGCGAAGAAGCAAAGCUGGAGAUCAUGGAGUUUGUCAACUUCCUGAAGAACCCCAAACAGUAUGAGGACCUGGGUGCCAAAAUUCCCAAGGGAGCCAUCUUGACGGGGCCCCCGGGGACAGGAAAGACUCUUCUGGCCAAGGCGACAGCAGGCGAGGCCAAUGUUCCCUUUAUCACUGUCAAUGGCUCUGAGUUCUUGGAGAUGUUUGUGGGCGUAGGGCCCGCUCGGGUCAGAGAUCUGUUCGUCAUGGCAAGAAAGAACGCGCCUUGCAUCCUCUUCAUCGAUGAAAUUGACGCAGUGGGUCGGAAGCGGGGACGUGGCAACUUUGGCGGUCAGAGCGAGCAGGAGAACACGUUGAAUCAGCUGCUGGUUGAAAUGGAUGGGUUUAACACGGCUACAAAUGUGGUGGUCCUGGCAGGGACCAACCGACCGGACAUCUUGGACCCAGCGCUGCUGAGGCCCGGGCGCUUCGACAGGCAGAUAUACAUCGGUCCUCCGGACAUUAAAGGGCGAGUUUCCAUCUUUAAAGUCCACCUGCGUCCUCUUAAACUGGAUCCUGCCACCGAUACAGAUGCUCUGGCCCGCAAGAUGGCAGCACUCACGCCUGGUUUCUCAGGCGCCGACAUUGCUAACGUUUGUAACGAGGCGGCUCUUAUCGCCGCUCGACACCUUUCCGACGCCAUCGAGCAAAAGCACUUUGAACAGGCCAUCGAGCGAGUCAUCGGAGGCCUGGAGAAGAAGACUCAGGUUCUUCAGCCUGAGGAGAAGAAGACUGUGGCAUAUCACGAGGCAGGUCACGCCGUCGCCGGCUGGUUCCUGGAGUACGCCGACCCGCUGCUAAAGGUGUCCAUCAUUCCUAGGGGGCGGGGCCUGGGCUACGCACAAUACCUGCCCAGAGAGCAGUUCCUGUACACCAAGGAACAGCUGAUGGACCGCAUGUGCAUGAUGUUGGGAGGACGGGUGUCCGAGGAGAUCUUCUUUGGCAAGAUCACCACCGGAGCGCAGGACGACCUCCGGAAGGUCACCCAGAGUGCCUAUGCCCAGAUUGUCCAGUUUGGGAUGAAUCCCAAGGUGGGCCAGGUGUCGUUUGAUCUUCCCCGGCAAGGCGAGACGGUUCUGGAGAAACCUUACAGCGAGGCCACCGCACGUCUUAUCGACACAGAGGUUCGGAGCCUAAUCAGCGAGGCUUAUCAGAUAACUCAGCACCUGUUAACUGACAAGAAGGCCGAGGUGGAGAAGGUGGCUUUGCGGCUGCUGGACAAAGAGGUUCUGGACAAGAACGAUAUGAUAGAACUGCUGGGUAAACGCCCAUUUACAGAGAAGUCAACAUACGAGGAGAUAGUGGAGGGAACAGGAGGCGAAGAUGAGGACACCACGCUGCCCGCAGGACUUAAGGACUGGAACCAGGAGAGAAAGGACAAAGACGAGAGCCAGGACGAGCAAGUGGCCCGCCAGAUCUCUGGAGGAAUGCCUUUCUAGAACCACUUCUGGCGAGGAAACCAUCUUCCUUCCACAGGCAAAGAACCUUCUCAUUGUCCCCUAAAAGUCAGUUCUAGGGCUGAGUUCUGAUGCAACUUGCAGGGUUUUUUGCUCGAUGAGUGAACACUAAAGUAGGUACUCCAAAGCAAUUAUGGGCUCUAAAACCCAACAGAACCAUCCAUGUGAACCUUGAACACAAAGCAGUGAUGACUUGAAUGUUCUUCCUGCUUGUUCUACUUGAUGGUUUUUGAGUAGAAGAGGAGAUUGUGUUUAUUUAUUAAUUAGCAUUGUGCUAAUGCUGUUUGAUUUUUGCUAACUAAAGCUAUUGCAAACAACACGGGACUAAUCACACGUUGCUGAAAAGAUCAACAGCAUGUCUUAUUGUCACAUCAAUUAUCUGUCAAUCAUUAAAAGCUUCAGGAAAGCAAAAUAAUUUAAAACGUAUGUGUGCACACAAACAAAUCACAACCUACUGUUGUGACAAUGGACACAAACGAUAAAUACAGGGAAUUCUUAACCAGAAGGCAACAUCUUAACAAGAAGACAAAAUAUAUGAACACAACAUGAAUAGUUGAUGAAAAGGCUUUUAUUGAUAAACUGGGCAGUGAAAGUAGUUGCUUUUUUGCUCUUGUUCCAUUGCUGGGUUGCAUAUGACAUCAUGUCCGAUUGCUGUCACCUCGGACUCAAUCACUUGGUUGGCCAACAAGCAUAUUUGUAGGAGGAAGUUAAGUGAAAAUGCGCUGUUCUCCCCUGUAGAAAAAGUUACUAUAGCUUUCCUAAGAUGGUCCAUUAUGAAGGUAAUGACAACCAAAAAAUGAAAAAUGCAGGAAGUUUGGUCAUGUGAAGGAAAACAAUGUUUGUAGAUGCUGGCAACAAUUCACUGUCAAGCAAAAAAAUGCCUUAGUGGAAAAAAAUGUUUUACAGGUAAUCAGUCAACUACAAAAUAUGGUUCAGAAAGUCAUUGGAACUCUAUUCGAAAAUGACUUUUUUAAUCUGUCACGUUUUGUCAUUGCCAUGAUGAUCUUGGUUCACGUUCAGAAACAAACUGUGUUCCACAUGUGACCUCAUCCUGAGACUACCAGCAGUGUAUAUAGUAUCGUUUGACCCCUCACUAUGUAAACUUUUGAUUAUUAUGUAUUUUAUUAGGAAGAGUGUUGGCAGUACCACAAGCUGUGCUCUCCAGGUGCAAAUAUGUGAGUGGUUGAUCUUUGAUAGAAACGAGGAGACUACACCUGUGUGUGGUUGCCCGCCAUCAUGGUGCUGUUAUGUUUUUUUAAAUUAUUCUAAAAUAUAUUUUCUGUCUAGUGAUGUCAUCCAGCCACACCGCCUUGUCAAAAUCUCCCCCAAACUUGUCCCCAUUUGUUUCUGCUACGUUUGUGC